AUGGACGGCUCGGACGAGUUCCCAACGUCCUCGCUGGACUUCUGGGGCGUCGAGGUGCCCGCGGACAAGGCCGGAGUCAAGUGCAGUGUGGACAACAACGAGAAUUUCUACGAAAUGCUCCACAUCACCAACGUGGCUUUGGGGGAGAGCGCGGACAAGGGGAAGCGCGUGACGGUGUCGCUGGAGACGAACGGACAGAAGCACGUCAUCGGAACGCUCGAGCGGGGAGUCUGCGAGCAGUUCCAGGUCGACCUGGCGAUGCCGAAGGACUUCCGGCUGGUCCACAACGGCGCGCACCCCAUCAGCGUUCUCGGAUACCGCACCGUCACGGCCUUCGAUGACGUCUCGGACCUCUCCGACAUGGAAGAGGACGGCGCCGCGGAGCUCCUCGCCGAGCCGCCUCGCAAGGUCGCCAUGCAGGGGCCCGCGGGCGACAGCGACGAGAGCGACGAGAGCGACGAGAGCGACGAGAGCGGCGAGAGCGACGAGGACAGUUCGAUUCCGUCGCAGCUGGACCCCGAAGACGAGGUCUUUGAAUUGGAGUAUGACAGUGAGGAUGCGGACCGGGAGCUGAAGCUGGGGGGCGCGGGCGAGGAGGAGGACGAGGACAGCAGCGACGACGAGGACUACGUGGCGGCGGAGAAGGGGUCGGACAGCGACGACAGCGACGACUCGGGCUCGAGCGACGGGGAGGGGGGGAGUGACAGCGAGUCCGACGGGGAGGAGGAGGGGGAGUCCGAGUCCGACGAGGAGCGGCUGGCGAAGCCCGGGAUGAAGAAGGUCGCCGCGAUGGCGCGGGCGGGCGGGGAGUCGGACAGCGAGGAGGAGGACGACGAUGAGGAGGGGGGUGUUGAUGACGCGAGCGACAGCGAGAGCGGGAGCGAGAGCGAGAGCGAGAGCGAGAGCGAGGAGGAGGAGCCCGUGGUGAAGAAGAAGCGCGCGGCGCCGGCGCCGGCCACGCCAGCCACGGGGAAGAAGAAGGUGCGCUUCGAGGGGGGGGAGUCUGACAAGACCCCCGCGAAGAAGACCCCCGGGAAGGCGCCGGCGACGCCCGCGACGCCGAUGGAGGGCUCCGGGGGCGCUGCGGAGUACGAGCGGCGGCUGGCGGAGUUCCUGCGGGACAACAAGGGAUCUGCGAAGCUGUCACUGCUGGGGGCCAAGGUGAAGAAGCCCGCGGACGUCAAGGCCAAGCUGAAGAACUUCGUGGCGGCGUCGAAGAAGUUCAAGGUCACCGGCGACGACGUGGCGCUCGCGUGA